AUGUGUCCUAUCACCUACCAGAUUCGGCUGGAGUAUACCAAGGCAUGUGUGAGACAGCACAGCCAGUCGGGCCUGCGAGUCAUUGUGAGCAGCUCUGAUGAUCGAGUGGACUCAGUCCAUCUUUACAAGAUUUCGUCUGCCAGACGGGAUGUGGUUGUUCAGUCUGCGCCGUCGGCACGGCAAAAUUCUACCACUUCGUCACCGGACGAUUCCGUCCAUCCUUCGAGGCAGCAGUUCACCGGCGGGGUCUCGACUCCAUUCAACUCUACCUACACAGACUCUCCUCUCCUCGAGGAGGAAGAGCUGCCCAGCGAAGACGACAUUUUGACUGUGAGUGGUAGCGGUUCAGUCACAGGUGCACAGACAGGAACAGAAACACGGACACCAGCACAGACACAGAUACGCACACGAGGCUACAAUACUCUCAAGACGCAUCGAGGUCAGAUAUACACAGGCAUGGCCAUUGGUGGCUCUCAUACAUGGAACUAUGACCCCGGAAUCUGGAAAGAGACCAAAGAAGAACCGGAUCGGUGGCGCAUCGACUACGCGACGAACAAGAGACGGGCUCGCUCCGCCCCCACGGGGAGUGGAGCGCCCGUGGGGACGGAAUAUCACUGGUUGAUUGUGGCACAUCAGGUCAGUGUCAAGGUGAAGAUGGGAAAGCAAGAGAGUGAUGUGGCUCACGUACGCAAAAUCGACGCCAACACCUACGAGACCCAUCUGAAGGGAACUAAGUACAAAUUAGCGCACAAGUCUACCUCGUCGGAAUCAUGGUCUAUUCCGACGGUACGCGGUCAACGGGAUCGUGAGCUGGAAUUGUUGGAAGAUGCCAAGCGUCGGGUUCAAGGUCUUCCACCGGUGUUGACCACCGAGAAGGUCAAGAUGGAUCGACGUGAAAGGGGUCAACAGAGUCUGGAUCAUUUACUUGGUUGGAAGGCGAUGUGUGCCGAGAAAGAUGGGGUGGAUAUCCGGCCGAGGGGUCUCAAGAGAAGGCGCGGCUCCGGCGAUGACGGUCUUUGA